AUGUCUGGACGUGGUAAAGGAGGUAAAGUUAAGGGAAAGAGCAAGACACGUUCAUCCCGUGCCGGACUUCAGUUCCCCGUUGGUCGUAUCCAUCGUCUCCUGCGUAAAGGAAACUAUGCCAAGAGAGUCGGUGCCGGUGCUCCCGUCUACUUGGCCGCCGUUAUGGAGUAUUUGGCCGCUGAGGUUCUUGAGUUGGCAGGAAAUGCUGCUAGAGACAACAAGAAAUCCAGAAUCAUUCCCCGUCACUUGCAACUGGCCAUCCGUAAUGACGAAGAAUUGAACAAGUUGUUGUCUGGAGUCACCAUUGCCCAGGGUGGUGUCCUUCCCAACAUCCAAGCUGUUCUUCUACCCAAGAAGACCCAGAAAGCCGCCAAUGUAGGUGACGGCAUCACGAAUAACAUUCUCAAGGAAAACUUUAAGGACACCACGUGUCUCCUCGUAGAUGAGACCAGAGAUACGCUUGACACCACCUCUGCGAGCCAAACGGCGAAUAGCGGGUUUGGUGAUACCCUGGAUGUUAUCUCUGAGCACCUUGCGAUGACGCUUAGCGCCUCCCUUUCCCAAUCCUUUUCCUCCUUUUCCACGGCCAGACACGAUCAAAUUUAA